UGUCUGCUUUUCUGUGGGCCUUGGAUUAAUAACCCAUAUGCAUUGUGUUUGACUGUUUCACGUGUUUUCUUCGUGUAAAUUGAAUUGGUUUGUUUGAAAAGAAGAUUGUUUGGCUCCCUCUGGUGGGGGAGAUUGAAUACUGCACAUUUGAAGGUAUUUCAUUUGGAAACGUGGUUUUUUACUAUUAUUAUUAUUAUUAUUAUUAUUAUUAUUAUUAUUACUUUUUUAAAGAUUUUUAUUUGGUCUUUUUUUCAGAUUUUUUUUUUUAUUAUUUGUUAAUUUAUUUAUUAAGAUUUGUGACGCGGUCUAGACUGAAUAGAUCACGUGAUCCGAAGCCAUAGCCAGGCAGCUAUCGUUAGCUAGUUGUUAGCAGCUUUAGCAUAGCCCCCAGAGGAGUUUAACAGGAAACGCUGAGACCUGACGCCACAAGCUGUCAGUCGAUGCAUCCGCAUUGUUUCAUUGGUUAUAUUUUUUAUUUAAACCUGACUCGACAGCAACUCAAUAAGCUGGAGCACGGUUUCCUAAAUCAACUUUUAACAAAUUAGCAUGUGACUUUGGACCGGGGCUUAAAGCACAUGAUCUGGACAAGUGAGGGAAGUCGAAAUCAAUCUGGGUUAUUUUAGGAGUGGUGAUAAGCUUUGAAGAGCCAUGACAACAAAAACAUCCUUGCUGAAAGUCAUCUUGCUGGGUGAUGGAGGUGUGGGAAAGAGCUCCAUAAUGAAUCGCUACGUCACCAACAAAUUUGAUGCCCACCUUUUCCACACCAUCGGCGUGGAGUUCCUAAACAAAGACCUGGAGGUGGACAGCCGCCAGGUUACCCUGCAGAUCUGGGACACUGCGGGUCAGGAGCGCUUCCGAAGCCUGAGGACUCCUUUCUAUCGUGGCUCUGACUGCUGCCUACUCACCUUCAGCGUGGACGAUCACCAGAGUUUCCUCAACUUGGGCAACUGGAAGAAGGAGUUCAUUUAUUAUGCUGAUGUCAAAGAGCCGGAAAAGUUCCCGUUCGUCGUCUUGGGCAACAAGGUGGAUGUGGCGGAGCGGCAGGUCUCGACCGAGGAGGCCCGGCAGUGGUGCCAGGAGAACGGUGAUUAUCCUUAUUACGAGACCAGUGCCAAAGAUGCCACCAAUGUAGCAGUAGCCUUUGAAGAAGCAGUGCGCAGAGUGCUGGCAGUGGAAGAAAGAACAGUUCACCUCAUCCCUACGGACACAGUGAAGCUCCACCGAAAGCCCCGCUCUGCUGCAGCCUGUUGUUAAAGGGGCCACCUCGUAUGAAUCUGUGAGAAUUAAAACGUUGGCGUUCAUUGCUGUAUUUUACUCAAACAAGGCUACUGACACUUUUUGAUAAGCUAAAAGCAAAUUCUUGGACUUCUGCUCCAUCGUCAGAGAAGAAACACUAAAUCCGUACAUGUUCUAUUCACACAUAACCUCGAAGCACUGAUGCAUGAAUUGGGCUCUGCCACAGUCCCUAAGGCAAGCUUUACUAGAGUAGACGUUGAGAUUCUUUGCUAAAUCAAGAAAAUCUGUGUAUAUCAGAAACUUCCUUGUUCUUAAAUGGAUUUUUCCUCAUCAUAAAUGACUUGCUUCUCCAAAAAAAAUUGUGUUCAGACCUGUACUGUUUGGUAUCUGCAUCUAUUAUAGGGUUUCUGAACUGUGUUUCUAAAUACCACAGUGGUCUAAUUACAAAUAUUUAUAUUUAAAAUAUACCUGCACAUAAAAAUCUCUAAACAAACCUUGAAACAUGGGAGUUAAAUAGUUAUUGCACUGCUUUUCAUGACUAAAUAAAAGCUUAAUAUUUAAAAAUAAAAUCUUGCUAUUUGUGCACAAUAAGGUUUUGCAUCAGAAUGUUCUGUAACAUGAAGCAAACAUCAAGUUGCAUUUUGUGUUGGAAAAAAACUUUUUUUUAAGUUGCUUUUAAUAUUAAAAAGUAACCAUCGGGAACCAUUUAAUUAAUCUACUGAAAUUAAGCGAUGGUUAUGAUUAUUUUGGUCGUUGCUGUGUUCCUCGUGUGAACUGUAUGAAGCACUCUUAACUCUGUUUUAUGGCUAAAAGUCUUUUGUCAGCAACUGAAGAUUAAACAUGAACUAGUAUUUUGGUUUUGGUUUAAAUGUUGUUCAAAUUAAGAUAUUCAGUUCUACUACUAUAUGCUGAAUGAUCAAUAAACACCCUUUAAACUGUC